GCUAUCCUUGGCAAUGCCAUGGCCGUUUACGUUCCGACGUACGGCGUACCUGUGGCUGGCUACUCCGGCGUGCCAGUGGCCGGCUACCCCAGCGUGCCAGCUGUCACCAGUGUGCACGCCGCCCCCGUGGCCGCCCUGCACACCGUCCAUCACGCGGUGCCAGUGAGCCCCACUGUCCACAACGUGGCCACCCCGUACGGCUACCGCACAACCGGUGUUAGCUACAGCCACAGAGUCGACGCCCACCCAGUGCGUGCACGCUACGCGUACGGCCUCGCGCCUUAUGGCCUCAGCUACGGAUACGGGCUUGGUGGCUACGGAUACCCUACCGUGUUGAAGAAGUGAGACAAGAUCAAGCGCUGAAGUGGGAUUGUUCAUCAAGGCCUUUUGACAAACAACGAAAGCGUGACACCUUCACGAGUGAGAUUCCUUGCGCGAUCCUUCAAAUGCUAUAUUCUUCGUCUGGAAAAGAAAAUAAAUACCUGCAACAAUUUGACGUUUCUCUUGAGCUUCCACUGAUGUUUCCUUUUCAGCCAUAGGCUGCCUCUGCAUAUUGCCCUGCGCGGGUAAAUUAUUUUAGCGCCCAUUAGAGCGAGAUGGCUGUUCAACGGAAACCGCGUUUUAAUGUUAUACCGUCA